AUGCAGAAUGAUCCAGCUCCCUCCGACCCCGCGCCCGCGGAACAUGCCUCGCAGGCCUUAAAUCCCGACAACUCCCCUCGUCUUUCCAAAUCCAUGAAGCGCCUCUCGAUCAACACGGCCGCAAACCCUCCCCGCCCUGAUUCCCCGAGCAUGAGCUCUCCUCGUCGCGCUCCGGGCCAGCGCGGUCCUAUGCGCUCGCCCACCCCAGCCGCGCCCCAGCCCAGCCCGUUGCACCGCAGCUCCAGCAGCAUGGGCAACCACCAGCGUUCCUCGUCGCCCACCCUCUCCCGCCGGAGCUCCAUCAUAUCCAUGAACGACACCCAGAGCACCAGCACCCCAAGAAAGUCUUCUUCCCGCCGCACCUCGAACAAUAACCACCCCCCAGGACCUCCUACCUCUGUCCCCAUCUUCCCGACGCGGAUGACGAUCACAAUCGAAGAGCCUGCCCCGCCCACGGCGCAGAAGAUCGCUGCCGAUUACUUCGCGAAAGAGCUGGAGCUACACAAGCAGGAAGAAACGUCCGCGCAGACGGUCGUCAUACUGCACGAUGCAUGCUAUGGCCAUAGGUUCUCAAGGCAAAAGACCACCAAGACCGCGCUGAGCAUGAUCGUCGAGCGGCCGGAGCGGAUACAUGCUGGUAUCCUGGGCAUCUCCACGGCAUACGUGCGGUUCGGCGAGAGGCACCAGGGAGGUCCGUAUGCGCCGCAUCCCGAUCGCGAGCCCAACCAAGAUCUCCCUUUCAGAAUCCAACGUACCUCACGCACCAUGGAUAUCACGUCGCAAGCCGUUACCAAUGUUCAUGGUACAAAGUGGAUGGAGGAACUCCAGACAAUGUGCAACGCUGCAGGUGAGAAGCUGGCACAUCAUGAAAAGGAGCUUACAAGGCCAGAGGAGGCGGGUCAACCGGCCAAGGAAGCUUUCCAUGAGGGAGACUUGUAUCUUUCUAAUGAAUCUCUGGACGCUUUCCAGGGAGCACUUGGUGGCGUUUGCGAUGGCGUGGAUGCCGUAUUCGGCAACGCAAACAAGGAGAAGCCCACCAAUGCCUUCGUCUGUGUCCGGCCACCUGGACAUCAUUGCUCGGCCGACUUCCCAUCCGGGUUUUGCUGGCUGAACAACGUCCAUGUUGGCAUUGAGUAUGCGGCGCUGAACCAUGGUCUGACGCAUGCUGCCAUCAUCGACUUCGACUUGCAUCACGGCGAUGGGUCGCAAAGCAUCACAUGGGAGCGCAACUCAAAGGCUGCUAAAUUAGCUGCCAAACAAUCUAAGAAUGCCGCACCUUCCAAGAAGGCCUCUAUCGGAUAUUUCAGUCUUCACGAUAUCAACUCCUAUCCGUGCGAAGAGGGCGACAUCAACAAGGUUCAGGCCGCUAGCUUGUGCAUUGAAAACGCACACAAUCAAACGGUUUGGAAUGUCCACCUUCAGCCUUGGAAGACCGAAGAAGACUUCUGGAAGUUGUAUGAGACGAGGUACCUCACUUUGCUUGAGAAGGCCCGUGUUUACCUGCGUACGCAAUCCCAGCGUCUGCGCACUUCGCCUAACCAGACCCAACCAAAAGCGGCAAUCUUCAUCUCGGCUGGCUUUGACGCGAGUGAGUGGGAGGGACAAGGUAUGCAGAGGCACAAAGUCAAUGUUCCCACAGAGUUCUACGCUCGCUUCACUAAGGACAUUGUCCGUAUGUCAAAGGAGCAAGGCCUCGGGGUUGACGGUAGAGUCAUCAGUGUCCUCGAGGGUGGGUACAGCGAGAGAGCCUUGACAAGUGGCGUUCUUAGCCAUCUCAGUGGACUCUGUGACGGUCAAACUCGGACGGUGCAGAAGAAACAGGCGGAAACGAAUGGCUUAGGCUACGAUACGGUCAUGGGCCAUGCAACGGCGCAGCCCGAAGACGGAAUUCUCGAGUUUGAGAAGCAGCUCCGUUACAACGUAGAAUGGUGGCACGAGUCCAAUCUUACUGCUCUGGAGACUCUGGUAUAUCCGGCUCCCCCACAGCCUAUCCGGAAACAACAACGCAUUGGACCGAGGCCGAACUUCGCCACGCCAACUCAGUCAUUUACUCAAAAGGUAGUCGAUCCUACCAAGUUCAUUAAGAACUCCUCUGGCGAUUGGGUGCCGAUCAGAGAGGCCCCCAGGCCACCAACUCCGCCGCUUCCCGACGUCGAUUGGGUCACUGCCGCGAACGAACUCAGUAAACUGCUUAUUCCUACCGACCGUCCCACGAAGAGCCACACGGCAGAGGAGUUGGCUCCGCCUCGCAUAAAGAAGGAGGUGAUGCCACCGCCAGAUUUUUCCAUCAACUCAGGAAGACAGCUCAGGGACAGAAAGGCUAAAGUUCCAAACUACUCUGAGCUUCCCUCGGAUGACGAGACUUUAGGCGGAGGCAGUGACCGUAGAAAGACAGUGCCCCCGGAUUUCCUCACAGCCCCCGAGGGGAACGAGAUGUCUGAACCUUUACAAACUAAUCGCCGUCUGAGCGUCGCAUCCACUGCCACCUCCGUCGCCGGCGAACGCCCUAGUAGUAGGGCUUCGGUUGCAAGACAGCCCAGCGGCACAGGCAUGCAAGUCAAGAAGACGAGGCCUGCCAAAGCAGAUCCGUCCACAAAGCUUGCUCCUCGACCUGCUGUCCACAGGCCGUCCACCAGUUUAGGCACAAGCGCGAGCACCAAGUCUACCGAGGGCGGCGACCCUAUGGAUCAAUUGACGUCGGGCAUCAAGAAAAUCACUCUCAAGAUGCCGACGAAAGAAGAGCAUGAUGCUCGCCAAGCCGCGGCGGCGGAAGCAGAGAAGAAAAAGCCUACUGCGGCCAAGGCAGCCCCAAAGAAGGCACCGGCAUCUCGCACGACCAAGACCAGCACCGCCGCAAAAAAGUCGGUUCAGAAGGAUCCCAAGGAAGCGGAGACGAAGGUCGAACAGCCUGACGUGUCCAAAGCGGCUGCGGUCGAAGAGCCUCAACCUAUUCAAAACCAACGAAGGAUUUCCAGUUCCCCUAGACCUCGGCAAACUUCUCUAGAGCCUGCCGGUUCCGAACACCGUCCCAUGACCCGUCGAUCCAUCGAAGACAUGGGAAUGCAAGUUAUGAAUUCAAUCUCUCCGGAGCUUGCUAAGUCGCCCGAAAUGCAAGCUGGGACGCCACAUAGUCCUCUUCCGACAAACGCGGUUCAUCUUCCCACGAUGACGCCCAGGCCGGACACACCGCCCCCGCCACCUCCCUCUACUGCCCCCGAAGCGGGCCAGCAGUUUACUCAGUUUGUCCAAUACACGCCUCCAGAGACCAAGGAUCUCGCUCAGGCCGGACUGGGGAUCGAUGGGGCUGAAUCGCAGCAGCCUGCAGCGCUGCAGUGGAUACCGCCGAACUUGGACCCAGAGGCGCAUGGCGCAGGGACCGAGGCGCAGAAGCCGAAGCAGCAGCUGCCGGUCUUCACCAGCAACGGGUACAUUCCGUUCGGGCCGCGUCCCGGGAGCGGCGGUUCGCCGAAUGGUGCGUCGCCACCAGCCAGCGUGGGAGAGGACAUGGAGAUGGCGGACCAGCAGUAA